CCUUCUUCUUCUUCUCGUCGUUGUUGUUGUUUCGAUUUUUGGUCCUUUCUUCGUCUUCAACUUUUUUACCCCUUUUUUUGUUUGCUAAAUCUUUUGCUCGUCUUCUUCGUCUUGUUCUUCUUGUUUGCAGGAGGCUUUAAAUGAAUUUGUAAAAUUAAAGCAUCUCGAUCAGUCGUUUUCUAAAUUUCCGUCUACUCUUUUUUUAGUAAUAUAUUUCAGUUUUCGCUGGUACUUUGAGGGGUGACUGUUUCUUUAAUGGUUAUUCUGGCUACGAGCUUCGAUUCAGCUUAAGCAAUCUGGGAUCCCAGUAAUUGCAUGUCUAGGGUUUGCUAGCAGCUCGAAUUCGAAGGUGUUUCAUUUUCCGUAACCAAAUAGAUCGUGUAGAGAUUGUGCCAUCAAAUGAGUGCCAAGAGUUUGGGCUAAGGAAAUCUUCUUGUCCUGGUUUUUAUCAUUUGCGGUUUCAUUCAUGAUUGGGAAAAUGGUCGAGGGUCCUAAAUUUACUGGACUUAUGGGAGGAACUGACAACAACGAUAACAAUUACUAUGAUUUUACUCAAGGGUUUUACCAAAAGCUUGGAGAGGGUACUAACAUGUCUAUUGACAGUUUACAGACAAGUAAUGCUGGUGGGUCUGUGUCCAUGUCUGUUGAAAACAGCAGCGUUGGUUCUAAUGAUUCCCUAACUCACAUUUUAAGCCAUCCUGGUCUGAAGCCUGUGAACCGCCACAAUUACUCUGUUUCUGUGGGGCAGAGCGUGAUUCGUCCUGGUAAAGUUGGCCACGCACUUAAUGAUGAUGCAUUAGCACAAGCAUUGAUGGAUAAUAGGUACCCAACUGAGGGAUUGCCGAAUUAUGAUGAGUGGACUAUUGAUUUAAGGAAACUUAACAUGGGUUCAGCUUUUGCUCAAGGAGCCUUUGGCAAGUUAUACAAAGGUACAUAUAAUGGUGAGGAUGUUGCGAUUAAGAUAUUAGAAAGGCCAGAGAAUAGCCCCGAGAAGGCACAAGUUAUGGAACAGCAGUUUCAGCAGGAAGUUAUGAUGCUUGCAACACUGAAGCAUCCAAAUAUUGUGCGAUUUAUUGGGGCUUGUCGCAAACCAAUGGUUUGGUGCAUUGUGACAGAGUAUGCAAAGGGUGGCUCAGUUCGACAGUUUCUAACAAGGAGGCAGAAUCGUGCUGUGCCGUUGAAAUUGGCAGUUAAGCAGGCAUUGGAUGUUGCAAGAGGGAUGGCCUAUGUGCAUGGGCUUGGGUUUAUUCACAGGGAUUUGAAGUCGGAUAAUCUUCUAAUAGCUGCUGAUAGAUCAAUAAAGAUUGCAGAUUUUGGAGUUGCACGUAUUGAGGUGCAGACUGAGGGCAUGACUCCAGAGACUGGGACAUACCGUUGGAUGGCUCCAGAGAUGAUACAGCAUAGACCCUACACGCAAAAAGUAGACGUGUAUAGUUUUGGAAUAGUCCUUUGGGAGCUCAUCACUGGCUUGCUUCCUUUCCAGAACAUGACUGCAGUUCAGGCAGCAUUUGCUGUGGUGAACAAGGGUGUAAGGCCAGUUAUUCCAAACGAUUGCCUCCCUGUGCUGCGUGAGAUCAUGACACGUUGCUGGGACAUAAACCCAGAAGUUCGUCCUCCCUUCACUGACAUUGUGAAGAUGCUUGAGAUUGCUGAAACGGAUAUACUGACAACCGUGCGUAAAGCCCGGUUCAGGUGUUGCAUGACUCAACCAAUGACAAUUGACUGAUCCAGAAUGGAAGAGUGGAGAACAGACGACAAUAAACGGAAAGAUGCAAGGGAAGCAGUAAGAAAUUAAAUAUAAUUCAUGUAUGUAUCAGUAUUUUACAUUUAUAUUUUUUUCACCCUUUACGUAAUAUUUUCCAGAUAGAAGGUAACUACUGGGUUCAGAAUGCUGGAUUUUGGUGUGAACUUGUACUUGGACUAGUGGUGAUGGUAGUUGUAGAAGUAAGGGGACCAUUGAUGUGGUUUCCUUAUGUAUCUAUAUUUAUAUAUGUGGGACUGCCAUAUCUCUUACUCUUGAUUGUUUAAAUGCAGGUUCACAAUUGGAUGAACCUGUUCUGUUUUUCUUUUUCA